AUGGGCCUGAAUACGGAUGAGGCAGUUUCCGAACUGACCGGUGUUACUGGUGAAGACAAGGACCCUGAAUUGGCAUCUCCGCCGAGGAAGAAGGGACGGUCCCACAGGGUUUCGGUGGUCGCUCCAUCUACAGAAAUGGAUGUGGACGGGAGCUCCUUGAGUGAACCCAGUGCUAAACGGACACAUUCAGCGUCUGCUUCACAAUCAACCACACCAACCGCACAAAAAACGGACACCACAGUCACGAAGCAAAGCUCUAAGGCCAAACGAAGACUACAACGCAGCUUGACAUUGGAAGAACGCCUAGAUGGGCUGCGACAAGUCAACUUGGACGGCAUGGAAGGUCAGGCUAUCCUGGUCGAACUGGGAAUGGCGUACAGCUAUCAAGGCCAACAAGGGGGGAACACGACCCAUGCCUCUAUUAUCUUGAACCAUAUUCUGGAUACGCUGGCAGACGUCCUAAAGAACGCGGAGGAGACGAUUCGCUUUCUUCCUUUGUCUGACAGUGCUUACAAGAAGUCUAAGCAGUGGAUUCGAACGGAGGCGGAUCUUCGACGGCUGAUUCCAGAUUACCGGAGCCUGUCCAAGUAUCUGGACAUGUCUUUCGGCAACAUGUCAUAUGCCUUGACUUCUAAUAAGCCAGGCGAAAAGAACCUCCGCACAAGGAUGAGAGUGGGUUUUGAGGUUGAGGUGGCGGCAGGAACGAUUCGCCAAUAUCUACACGGCGAAUUGCGUCCGCAAGGGUAUGGAGCGGGGUGCUAUGAAUCGGUUCUACAGUUUGGCGAUAUCGAAAAGAUUGGGGCUCUGUGCUUCUAUCCACAGGAAAUUAACAUCAGGGCUAUGGAGAAAGAAUUAAUGCGACACUUUGACUGGAAGACGGUUAUCGGCCUGCGGUACGAAUGGGUAAACAUUCCCUACAGCGGCCGCAGCAAGUGGAAUGAACGAUCGCCCGGAAGCAUGAUGUGGCACGUUUACGUCAGAUCGAGGGACGCUAAGCGAGCGGAUCGAGAACUACGAUUAUGGCUGCACCCGUCUACUCCUAAGAAAGAUUUCCCAUGGUGCGCGGUCACACAUUACAUUAGCAAUUGGAAGGCUGCUCAGAACGGGACAAUCAGCGUUAAGGCCGUGGGUCCGGUUAAGGAUGAGAAUCUCACUAUGAUCUCAAAGCAUAACGACUUCGUGGAACUGACACAGGCCAAAUAUUGUCCAGUUGAGAUUCCAGGGAUGCUGAAACAGGCAACUACCAAAGCCUUUGGUCCUCGCACUUGUUUGUCUAUGUUUCUUUCUAUCAAAGCCCGACCUGUUCAUGCGGAGAAGGUGGCAGCUGCGGAUGUGAACUCGGAUUCCGAUUCUGAUGACUCCUUGCUGGAGGACAUCUCCCAUAAGUUCACCAAAGUGACUGUCAAAGGGAAGACAAAGAUCAAGAAGCAACCUCCAAAGUCUGCCGUGGCACCGACUCUGGAGCAUGACGGUCCGGUUCUCACUCCUGCGCAGCAGCGCCGUGCGAAGGAAGCGGAGAGGAAGAGAAAAAUGGACUUGGAGAACAACGUUCCUAGUCCCUUGUUCAUCAUGGUGUUACCAGGUGAGAUGGAAGGGACCUACUUGUUCAUCAGUAGGCUGAAAUAUGCUGCCUUGGCAACUAAUGUUCUGAAUGGACUGGUCCCAUUCUUUACACAUCAUUUGGGGGAGUUGACGACUACUCAAGCUAAUAGGGUGAUUGCGAAGUGGCUGUCCAUGUCUCUGAUCCAUACGACACGCCGCAAGGAACUUGUGUGGUGCUUAGAGACUUUACGGGCUCGACCAUCGGACCAAACCCUACAAGGCAUUGACGAAGCUAUCGAUUUCCUUGAUGGAUUUGGGUCUGACCCACUCGACGUCGCCGAAGCUAAGCUGGAAUUUGAUAUGGAAAUGGCUGAUGCAAAAGAUAUCGAUGAUGGAGCUACAGUAGCAGGCGCCAUGGAUGAGUUACUGGAGAAGGAUAGCCAAUUGGAAGCGGCAAUCACUGAAAUUGAGUUUAAGGAGAAUCUUUUGGUUGAAAAGAGUAGCGCUUUGGAAGCUGAACGAAUUCGGUCUGAGUCUCUGACCAACGAACUUGCGGCUCUGCGUCUCCUGCAACAGACUAUUUUGAGCCAAGCGGCGCAGCCGGCUGUGCCUCCCCAACCUGCAGCCACGGUUCCCUUUCCCCAGGACAGGCCAGAGUCAGCAGCUUCCGAUUCUGCCGCGAAGGAGCCAACUCCGCCGGCUACUCCAGCGCAAGCAGUCAAGUCAAGUCCGCUCACGGCACCCCUACCAAGCUCGCCACCUCGGGCUACUACGGCCAUCGCCAACCAACCUCCGCCUCGAGACACCACCACUGCUGCUUCUCGGCGGAAACUUGUGACUCCGGACCACACAGCAAGGACGCUGUCGACCUCGGACCAUAGCAAUGCUGUGGACCCAGGCUCUGGCCCAGGGUCCUCUACUCCGUCUCUGGCCAGUUCUCGGGUCUCUGACAAUUCUUCGGAUGGUUCGCCAUCCCCGGUCUUCCCCAUCCGUUAA